GCCCCCCGCGGUUGCCCAGAAGACAGGCACAGAGGUGUACAGGGUGGAGCCUUUCCGACAUUGUUGGAUCUCUAUCCAAACUACAGCGAGAACCCACUGAAACUGUUUUUUUUUUAUCGGAAACGUGUGGUCGCCUCUUAGGAUAUCUCUGUCUUCUCUUUUAACUCUGCAUUUCCCAUCCCAAAAAAGGGAAAAGUUUCUGAACAACAUCUCUGCAGCAGCAUGGGGGCUUACGAUGAAAAGAAAGAAAAAUGUGGCACAAUCUGUCUAAAGUACUUGCUGUUCACCUUCAAUUUCCUUUUUUGGCUGGCCGGGGGUGCGGUGAUGGCAGUAGGGAUAUGGACAGUGGCAGAGAAGAGUGACUACAUCAGCCUGCUCUCGUCCAGGAUCUAUGCUGUCUCGGCCUACAUUCUCAUCGUGGCAGGGAUCAUUGUGAUGAUUACAGGCGUUCUGGGAUGCUGCGCGACCUUCAAAGAACAGAAAGGGCUCCUGAGGAUGUAUUUUGUUUUGUUGCUGUUCAUCUUCCUGCUGGAAGUCCUUGCUGGAGUUUUGGCUUAUGUCUACUACCAACAGUUGAAUGUGGAGCUAAAGGAGAACCUGAGAGAGACCAUGGUUCAGAAGUACAAACAAAAGAACGAGAAGCACAUCACGGACGCUGUGAAUAAACUCCAGCAGGAGUUCAAAUGCUGUGGCAGCAACAGUUCCUCAGACUGGAGUGCCAGUGAGUGGAUCCGCUCUGAUGAUGCUAAAGGGCGAUUGGUGCCCGACAGCUGCUGCAAAACCGAGACCGAUGGGUGCGGGAGAAGAGACCAUCCCUCAAAUAUCUAUAAGGUCGAGGGUGGAUGCAUAACAAAGCUGGAGAACUUUAUCCUGGACCACCUAAAGAUCAUAGGUGCUGUAGGAGUUGGCAUCGCAUGUGUACAAAUAAUAGGUAUGAUAUUCACAUGUUGUCUGUACCGAAGUCUGAAGGCAGAGCCAUACUGAAGGUGAUGAGGUACAGCAUGUAGAGGGAUAUUUCACUGAGCAUCAUUUCAAAUUAAAUAAUGUUAGCAUUUUAUUGACUACUAUGCCUUAUAGUUGGAGGUGAGGAAGAAGAAUAUUAACAAGAUAUCAUUUUUUUAAUGCUAUUGUUAUUGUGAUGCAUGUCAAGUUAGAACUCAUUAUGGUCUGCUAAACAUUAUGAGCUAAAACCACUGCAGUUAAUCAUUUCACAGCAUCGUAGGCAUAAGCAAACUGAAGAUCCUGCUUUGGAGCACUCUAACUUGUGAAUGUACUGUAUAUGUUGGGAUACUUGUGGCAACAAAAGAGGUACUUGUUAGUUGAUGUAGUGUAAAAUCAUUUUUGUUUACUCACAAACUCACACACAAUUGUGUGGUCAAAUACAGCAUGUUUUCCCUGGACCUAAGAUGAACUGCCUUAAAUCACUAUAGCUCCCUUAAACCAUGACUUGAUCCAAACUAUGCAAGCUUUUCAAAAUUUCAGUCAUAUUAUUACUGGUGUUUUGGCACUGUUACUUUGAACAUAUCAGUAAUCAAAAUGGAGCUUUUGUAUAUUCAGGAUUUAACUAACUGAAGUGCCAACUCUGCUGUAUUCUUACAUUUUUUAAAAAAUGUUGUCAAGGGAUCCCUUCAAACCAAAGUUUUGAAAAUGAUUAAGCCUUUAUCUGCCACCAUGGUCAGUGUCAGUCUUUAUUUUUCUGUCCUCACUGUAUAUUUUGAUUGUGUGUGCCAAUUUGUGUCACUUUUUUAAUUAUUAUUAUGUUUUAGCAGAAAUGAAGUUUGAUGUAUGUAUUUAUCAUAAUAAUAUUACCCAACAUUAAACUUUCAUAAUACAAGGCUCA